AUGGUGACUCCCGUGCAAACGUGGGGUGCUCUAGGAAACAUGGUGCCUGAGCAGAAGGAGUUCGGAGCAGAGACAAAUGCCUACCUGGAGUCAUAUGAGGUCUAUGAUCUCUUCGCUCAUCUCCUUCGCCAGGUUCUGGUGGAGAGGCCAGAGAACCCUAUCAAGUUUCUGCAGGAGUGUCUCAAAGAGCAGUCAAAGCUUUGCGUUUGCGUGAUGGGGCCACCGGGAGUGAAUCGGUCCAAAUACUGCCAGCAGCUGGCGACAGACUUCAAAGUCAAGCACAUUCAUGUUGGCAAGCUCUUAAGGGGCAAGAAGGAGCUGAAAAACGUCAUCGAUUCUGGGGAGCUGGUUGGUGACGACAUAGUUGUGGACGUCGUGAAGGAAGAGCUUAGAAAAGCCAAGCAUACUGGCUGGGUCCUGGAUGGCUUCCCUCGGACGAAGGUGCAGGCCCAAUCCCUGGCGGCUGCCAGCAAGGAGUUGGGAACCAGCUUGGACAGCGUGUUGCUGCUGGACAGCAGCGAGGACCUUGCUAGGCACAACUUCGCAGCCAAGGUGGAUGCUGCUGACCCGGCGGUGAAGCGAGAAGUGGCCGAGAUGCGCCUGCAGCAGUACAAGCGUCAUGUGCUUACCAUCAGCGAGUUCUUCCAGAACUCCGUGCGCCGUGUUGAGAUCCAUGGAGGAGAGGACGAGCAGAAGACCAUCUACAGCACAAUCUGCAGCAAUGUACAAUACAGAGCGUAUUCUAAUGCACCUCUUCGGAUGCAGCGGGUGUGCAUUCUGGGGCCAUGUGGCUCGGGAAGGACUACACAGUGCCAGCUACUGGCAAAGAGACUUGGCGUGGUCCAUGUAGACUUGGCGACGCUCCUCCGCGAGAAACAGGAGGCUGAGGGCCAAGAGGUGGACGAAGUGCCACCGGAAUACCUCAGCGACGAAGAAGCAUGUGCUUUGAUCGGAGCGCGCCUGCGCAAAACUGAUUGUGUUCGGAAGGGCUGGGUCUUGGAUGGGUUUCCAAAGACACAGGCACAAGCUGAGUUCCUCAGGCAGGCUCACUUGUGGCCAUCUCGCAUCAUUCAGCUCCAGGUUGCGGAUGCAGUGGUGGAAACACGAGUGUCUUCGCGGCGUCUAGAUCCAGUGACGGGCACCGCGCAUUAUUCGAACCCCAACAGUGUUGCUGUCCGGCAACGGUUAAUCCGUUGCAAGCAUGACGAGGGAGAGAAGGUAAAGGAGCGAGUCAACAUGUUCUUGGACAAUGUGUCCUUGGUGUCAGAUUCCUGGAAGCGAGUCUUCACCACGGUUCUUGCGGACGGCCAGCCGGAGGAUGUCGCCGCAGGCGUCUAUGAGAAAGUGGCAAAUCCGCUUCCUUCCGAGCUUGCGCAGGACCCAAACAGCGGUCUUUGA